AGCCCGUGGCGCCUCCGUAGCACGCGCGGUGUCAUAGGGAGCCGGGGCGCCCUUGAGAGUGAGACCAGCUCUAUGGUCGCCGGGGAGAUGCGGUCGGUCAGUUAUGUGCAGCGGGUGGCGCUCGAGUUCAGCGGGAGCCUCUUCCCCCAGGCCAUCUGCCUGGGAGACGCCGACAACGAUACGCUGAACGAGUUAGUGGUGGGGGACACCAAUGGGAAACUCUGCGUGUACAAGAAUGACGAUAGCAAGCCCUGGACUGUGCGCUCCUGCCAAGGAAUGCUCACCUGCGUUGGUGUUGGGGACGUGUGCAACAGAGGAAAGGUGAGGGAGCCACCAACAGGCCUCAUGAGGUCUCCCCUCUCCUCUCAGAAUCUGGUUGUUGCCGUGAGUGCCGAGGGCUGGUUUCAUCUCUUUGAUCUGACUCCUCCACCCUCAAAGCAUCCAGAUGCCUCUGGCCACCACGAACCCCCACUGGCAGAUGAGCAGAAGCUGGUGUUCAAGCAGCACAUUCCCGCCAACACUAAAGUCAUGCUGAUCAACGACAUUGAUGGAGAUGGGAAGUUCGAGCUGGUGGUGGGUUACACGGACCGUGUGGUACGAGCCUUCCGCUGGGAGGACCUGUCUGAGAGCUCCGACCACAUCUCUGGCCAGCUGGUGCUGCUGAAGAAGUGGCUGCUGGAGGGGCAGGUGGACAGCCUCUCUGUGAACCCGGGCCCUGAUGGUGUCCCUGAGAUGAUGGUGUCCCAGCCGGGCUGUGGCUAUGCUAUCCUGCUCUGCACCUGGAAGCUGGACCAGCAGCCCCUGCCAGAGGGAGGAGACAGCUCUGCAACCAGCAGGGAAGCCCCCGUUCGGGACGUUAUCCUUCACCAGACAUCUGGCAGGAUUCAUAACAAGAACGUUUCCACUCAUCUAAUUGGCAGCAUUGGUCGAGGCUGCACUAAAGUAGAUGCUGGCUCGGGUCUCUUUGCCCUCUGCACUCUGGACGGAACAUUGAAGCUCAUGGAGGGGGCGGAUAAGCUGCUAUGGUCCGUGCAGGUUGAUCACCAGCUCUUUGCUCUGGAAAAACUGGAUGUUACUGGCAAUGGGCAUGAAGAGGUGAUUGCCUGCGCCUGGGAUGGCCAGACAUACAUCAUCGACCACAAUCGGACUGUGGCCAGAUUUCAAGUGGAUGAGAACGUCAGCGCAUUCUGUGCUGGCCUCUAUGCAUGCAAAGGAGGCCACAACAGCCCCUGCCUGGUUUACGUCAGUUUCAACCAGAAGAUCUACAUCUACUGGGAUGUGCAGCUGGAGAGAAUGGAAUCCACCAACCUACUGAAGAUACUGGAGACCAAUCCAGAAUACAGGGACCUUCUGCAGCAGCUGGGCGUGGAUGGAGAUGAUGUCUCGGCUGUCAAAGAUCUGAUUCACAAGACCCUGUACUUCCCAGAAAAGCAGCCACAGAACAGUCCUUGCCAGCAUCGGGGCCCUGCUGGAGCAGACUCCUCAUGUCACCCCACCGUUGCCCAAGACUCGUGCCUCCUCUCACAGGAGCAGCAGGUUUCUCCUGGGUGUGAUCUCACACACAGAGCUGACUUGUUUCCCAUGGUACUAAGAACAGGGAGGUGUGUGGCUGAUGCCUGAAGAAAAUUAGGCAGCUCCAGCAACAGCGCUGGCAAAAGGAACCCAAACUGCUCUUAGUAGGAAUGCAAUCAGGAGAAAGCUGAACCCUCAUUCUGGUCACUCACAUAAAGACUGUGGGCCAAGCUCAUCCCUGGGAUGACUAUUUAUACAGUAUUUAUACAGAUUAUUUCUACAGAGCAGUCAAGGACUGGACAAUAAAUUGAAUCCAUUCUAAACAUUGUUCUGUGAUGAGGACUAGCCUUGCAACCAGCAGUGCCACUGUGCCUCCCAACCUUGCACAUCUGUAGCAGCUGCAGUAGUGCUACUCUGCCUUCUACCACUGGACACCCGGAACAGCUAGAAAGAGCACCAUUUUGCUUUCCAGCCCUGCACAUUUGUAAUAGUUAGGAGGAGCAGGCACUCGACUUUCUGCCACUGCAAAGCUUGGGGGCAUGCCACUCCAGGUCCAGCAUUGCACAGGGGAGAAAGGUGGCACUGCACCUUCUGCAGGUCUGCUCUGCUCUCUCCAGCCCUUGAACAUCUCUGACUACUUUGCCCCCUUCAGUCCAGCGCCACUCUCAACUCAUUAAGAUGAGACCAGCAGGCAAACCUGCUGCUCUGCAUCCGUUAUCAUCUCUCAUCCAUGUGAUGUUUUAUUUAACACGCAUAAUGGAUUGAGCUUUCCUCCCACGCUCCACCACAGAGAGAUUUGGAUCUGACUCCAAAUAUAAUGAAUUCAAUGAUCGCCCCUUAGCAAAUGAUAACAUGUAAGGAUCCCACAAGCUGUUGGGCUCCUGCUGCGCCAUGUUUUGAAAAACACCCUUGAGCACCUCAGUAGGGAAACUGAAUUCCCCGCUCACUUCAGGAGAGUGGAAGUGCCUGCCUGCCAGGGGUGGAGGCCUAAGGUUGGAACAGAGAUUUGGGUGGGGACGCGGUGUGGAGCAUCUGAUUAUUAGACAAUAAACCUUGGCUCCUAUGAGUAUUUUCUGUGCAUAGAUCUCAAAGUGUUUUAGAAAGGAAGGUUCUCCCCAUUUCUCCGAUAUAGAAAUUGAGGCACAGAGAGGUAAAGUCCCCUGCCCCAGGCCACACCAAGGAGUCGGUGACAGAGCUGGGAACAGAAGUAAGUUUUCCAAAUUCUCAAAUCCUGUGCCUUCUCUACCACACUCUCCUACAUGGCUGCAGAGAAAGGUGGUUUUCUCUCCCCCAUGUAACCAGUACAGGGGACGGCAUUAUGGGCAUAAUUUUCAAAAGUGCUUAAGGCCCAGAAAUCAGUGGGGGUUAUGUCCCUGAAUACCUUGUAAGGGUCUGGGCCUAAGUGACUUAAGAACUCAAGUCCCAUUGAUUUUUUUUUUUUUUAAAACAUUGCGGUCUGUGGAAAGGGAAGGUUUGGGGUUUUGAGGCACUCUCCUGCACAAACUGAAACCAGGGCUGUAGGACUUAGAUCAGUUGAUUCUUCCCAAGAGAUGAUUCUAUGGGAAGCAUCUGGUAAGGGAAUGAAGCUAUGGGGAUUGUUAACCAAGGGCUUGUCUUCACUAGAGCAUGCCCUAGAACACAGUACUGAGCCAGACUUUGCAGGUGCUGUAAACAGGGCCCGGCCAUGCUUCACACUGUGCCAGCUGAUGAUGCCGUAGUGGUAACCACUCCUCAGGGCUGUGUGUUUAACUUUCUCUCAGUUUCUAAUGGAUACGAGUCCCAACAAGGUUAUAAAACAUGCCAUAGUUUAGCACCCUCAUGCUACCUCUAGGUUCCAAGCCAGUUAUGGUCUCCAGGCCCAGCACAGUUGGGCCUUGCAGAAGGCUCAGUGAUCUUUGUUUCAAACACAGCCAAAACUCAGCACUCCCAGCCUGGCUUCUGAGGCUGGGCAUUGAACAGUAGUACAAUUCCAUCUCCGUAAAAGUGGUGGAGAAAGCUCCUGCUACAGAUGUUGAUCUGAUCUAGGGUUGACAACUUUCUAAUUACACAAAUCCAAACACCUUUGCCCUGAACUUACCCUGCCCCUACGAGCCCCUGCCCUGCUCACUCCAUUCCCCCCUCCCUCCAUUACUCACUCUCCCCCAUCCACACUCACUUUCACUGGGCUGGGGCUGAGGGGUUUGGCAUGUGGGAGGGGGCUCUGGACUGAGUCUGGGGUAGGGGUUUGGAAUGCAUCACAGUGUCUAGGGACUGCCCUGCUCUUGUGCACAUGGCUGUAACACUUCUUUUGUUUGGGUGCUUUCUCUCACACACCAACAGAGCAGUCAAGAAAAGACUGUUCUACACAGCUAUAGCCCUGUUUCUGCAUGGCUGCAGCUUGGUGCUUCUUAUCAAGCUCUGGUUCCUGUGUGUCCCACUUUAGUUGGCAGGAGUUGCUAGCAGUAACAUGUCCCAGCUCUGAUUACAUCUCGUGCUCCCAAUGGACCCCGGGCACCAAAGGGUUCCCACAGCCUGCUACCAGGAAAACUCCAUCUGCCAGGUCCUGGGUCAGGCUGGCAGAGCUUCCAACGACUGAGCCCAGGCUGUGGCAGGGUGAUCAGUGGGCUCUUGUAAAGCACUCCCAGCAGCCUGACUGCAGAGCAACUGUUUGCAGAGCCGGGUCAAUAACAACAGAGAAUGACUUGGUUCUGGCUGCCCACUUGAAGCAGAAAUCUUUAUUAACAACACAGGAGACAAGGGAGCACAAAUGACUGCAUUGAUACCAUGGAUGCAGCAUGUUCAUACAAAACAAGACACUGCCACACAGGUCAAACUGUUGCCAAGGAAGAGAGCCAAGUGUAGCUGCUGUGGGACAGGAAACUUAGUAAGGCAGAGAGGGGCUCAUGCGGAGAUAUGACCCUUUGAUGGGGACCUGCUUCCAACCAGACUGGGCAGCAUGUACCCAAAUGAAAUCUGAACAAGGACAAGUGCGAGCCACUCAGCAUGAUGCUCUGACCUGUAACCCCCUCUCUCACUGAUGAGCUUGGUAGAGAGGUCACAAAAGUACAAGCACUUGAGGACCUGCUGCUGAGGAGGUCCAAUUGCCCUUUAAUACUUCUAGAUGCUUCCCAGGUGAACACCAUCGAGGCUGCAAGUUUGUGCAUACUGCUGAGAGUUCCAUAGCUCCUUGAGCAACGGGGGGUUAAACAUCACUCCCUGUGGUACACGUGCAUAACCAAACGUCUGGCAUUUAGACAUCCUGUAGCCUUCUGAGUGAUGGCUGGGAUCUGUGGCUGGCUUGAUUUCCCAGCACUUUCAGAGCCCUGCGGGGCACAACCCAUGACCAUGAUCAGCAGCAUUUAGUCUGGGUGCAUGAAAGCACCUGCUAGGAACAGAUUUUGGCUCCCAUUCAGAAUGAUACAUUUCUGUGUGUAAGAACCGCAUCUGCAGUGACACUGACUUGGCUACUUCAGGGCAUGAUCACUAAUGAAGGUCAGAAAAGAAGCUCCCCCAGUGGUAUAAUAGUGCACAGUUGUGUGCAUUGGGGGACAUCGUGCCUUAUGCUGAAGCAUUAUUUAUGGCCCAGUGUUGGAGGCAGGAGACCACACUAGAUGGCCAAUGUUCUGGCCAGGUAAUCAUAGAGUUUAAAGCCAGAAGGGACCACUAGAUCAUCUAGUCAAUAGGUGCACUGUGGGCCAAGUCCAGACUGCAAGGUGCUUUUGAACAGACCCCAAAAUCUUUUUAUUAUUUUCUCUGGAGUCUGACUAUGCCUUAACCAAGAAAUUUAGACCUAGACAAAGAAUAAUUGAUUACCCCUCAAGUCUAGUCUGACCUGCUCACAGGCCACCAGCACCACCUAGCACCCGCACAUUAAACCCAUCAACUGAAAUUAGACCAAAAUAUUACAGCCCACAGGAGACUAGACUAUAAUGUGCCACAGGCAGAGAAAAGAAGGGACCAAGUGCACUAGUGCCCAAGCCCCCUGCAAUGGCAGGGAAAUGAGUAAGUGAGAUAUACCCAGAUAAUCCUGGCAAGCGACCUGC